CCUGCCGGGAGGAGGAGGGGCAUUGCGUUACGUUGUAAGAUGGCGGCGUGGUUACGGCGAUGCUCGCUGCUGGGCAGCUUCGGCGGAGUGGCGGGUCGGACAGUUACCAAAAGGUGCCUGUUGUCUGCAGCUUAUUGGGAUAGUACAAAAUGGGACCAGAGAAAGAAAGAUCCUCAAAGCUUAGCGGAAUUAGCUGCACAAAUGGACUUGACAUACGAAAAGAAACUUCCUGUCAGCUCUUUAACUGUGUCACGGUUUGUUGACAACAUUUCUACGAGAGAAGAGAUUGACCAGGCUGAAUAUUAUCUUUACAAAUUUCGACAUAGUCCAAACUGCUGGUACCUCCGAGACUGGACCAUUCACAGCUGGAUUCGACAGUGUCUGAAAUACAAUGCUAGGGACAAGGCCUUGCACACCUUGAGAAAUAAGGUGCAAUAUGGAAUUUUUCUAGAUAACUUCACAGCAAAUAUACUAAUGGAUUCUUUCAUCAAAGAAGACGACUAUUCAAAUGCCCUAGUUGUUGGCAAUGAACUGAUGCUCCAGGAAACGUUUGAUGACAAUUGUACACAGCUUCUUUGCCUCUAUGUUCUACAUAAAUAUCUGCACAGUAAACCAGAACUGAAGUGGGAAGAUGAACGAAAUUUAGGUGCAUCAUUAUUUUUGCUUGGACUGAAACAGAACAACACAGUUGGUUUGAGCUCUCGCCUUCUGGGUCUUGCAUUUCUUGGGAAAAUUGAAGUAUAUAAAGGAAUCCGUGCGGUUUAUACCAAAAUGCCCCUGAUCUGGACCCCUGGAUACUUGAAUCGAGCUCUAAAUGUGAUGGAGGACAUGAAGAAAUCAUCAGAUGGAACAAAGCUUUGUAAAGAAGCGGUGGAUACCAUGGCAACCAUAUUGGAGACAGCAGCAUUAGAGACCAGUGAAUCCACCGUGACAGAAGAAUCAGAGGAAACAAAGCAAGAAGAUGAACUUACUGAGGAGGAUCAUAUUGAAAGAUCAAAUCUUGCAGGCUAUUUGAACCAAUUUAAGGAUCUAUAUGUGGAGCUAGAGACUCUUGGAAAGUUUGAAGCCGAAACUCUAUUGACACAGACAGACAAACUCGUCAAAGAAAAUCUUGCAUCAUCUGAAGCUGAUGAGAUCCUUAAUUAUGAGAAGAAGCUUGAAAAAUGGGAGGAAGAACGCGCUGGAUUGAUUCAGCGUGAAAUAGAAUUGAGGGAGAAAGCUCGUCAAGAAAGAGAAGCCAGACUGGCAGCAAAAGCUGCAAACUAAACCUUUUUAUACUCCUCUUUCUCACCCCCACACCCUCUGGACCUUCAGUGGUUUUUUUUUUAUUACUGGAAAAAAAAAGAUUUAUUAAUUAAGUGAAUUCUGAUGAAAACGAUACAACAAUUUAUUCAUAGGACAUUUACUCAGUAUCAGAUCAGAUUCAGAUCAGAUCAGAUUCAGAUUCAACUUUAAUUGUCAUUGUCAGUGUACAGUACAGAGACAACGAAAUGCAGUUAGCAUCUCCCUGGAAGAGCGACAUAGAAUAUGACAAUAAAUACAU